GGAAACCUUUCCACUUAGACUUUGCUCCAAAAGCUCCAACAGUCUGAACAGCCCUGAGMUUGUCCGGAAGGAGUUCCAAAGGUGUGGCGUUACAUAACUUUGCAAGUUAACUUUUUUGGUGUUCACACAGGUUCAUACUUCUCUCCGACACACAAGUAAACUUUAAUUUCACCAUGUCUGGAAAAGUGGUGUUGACUUAUUUCAAUGGGAGGGGGAAAAUGGAGUCAAUUCGAUGGCUUUUAGCAGUUGCUGGAGUUGAGUUUGAAGAAGUGAAUAUGACAAAGCACGAGGAAUAUGUAAAGCUGUUGAGUGAUGGAGCACUCAUGUUUGAGCAGGUUCCAUUGGUGGAAAUUGAUGGAAUGAAGCUGGUUCAAACCAAGGCUAUCCUAAACUACAUAGCAGGGAAAUACAAUCUUUACGGGAAUGACCUAAAAGAACGAGUCAUGAUUGACAUGUAUUCUGAAGGUGUGAGGGACUUGAUGGAAAUGAUAAUGAUGUUGCCAUUCAUUUCACCUGACACCAAGAAAACUAAACUGGAGGACAUUGAGAGGAAAGCUACAAGCCGCUACAUUCCCGUGUUCGAAAAGGCUCUCGCUAGCUCCCAGUACCUGGUGGGUUAUCAGUUGAGCUGUGCUGAUGUCCAGCUACUUGAAAUCACCUUGAUGUUGGAGGAGAAAUUUCCUACAAUUCUCUCCAAAUUCCCUGUUGUUAAGGCUUUUCAAGGGAGGAUGAAAAGCCUGCCAGCUAUUCAGAAGUUCCUGCAGCCAGGCAGCAAGAGAAAGCCUCAACCAGAUGACUUCUAUGUAAAGACUGUGUAUGAGGUGUUCAACUUCAAGCACUGAUGCUUAUCUAAGAAAUGUAAAGAGUUGAAGUGAAUAUAAUAUAUACAUUAUUCCAGAUUGUCAUUUCUUGUAACAUGUAUGAAUAAGGACCAAAUUGUUCAAGUAGAACAAGUAUUUGUUUUUCAAUAAUACACACAAAAAACAAAAGGCUGUUAAACAAAAUAUCAGCUGUAAUUAAACACUUCAUGUCUGUUCUAAGCUAUUCCAUCAUUUAUAUCAAACAGUUAUUAGGUUAUUUACAGUGAGGCAGCUAAACAUGAUUGUCUAAGUAAGUAGUCAUACCUUCAGAUCAAGUAGUAAAUGUUACUGUAUUUCUGUUCCCAUAUUCAUUGAACAAAUCAUUACAAAAACAAUACAUAGGCAAGCACAAACAAUGUGCAAAUGGAACUUCAUCCCUUGCAGUGAUAUUUUCACUUUAGACAGUUGUGUUGUUCAAAUCACAUUACAAUCACACCCAUGAAGAGAAGUCGCAGGACCAUCAGCAAACUGAAUAAAGAAACCAGAUAUGAUAACUUCA